AUGGCAACUCGCAAGACGUCUACGAGAGGCAGGAAGCCUAAAGCGGGGUUUCGUUCACAGACUGGAGCCCUUAGCAAGGAGGAUGGGGCAUGGGCGUCAGCUGAGUCUACGGAGACGGAGUUGGAGGAGGAACUUCCUCCCGUUCGACCCAAGUCCACAUCACCGCAAGUCACAAAACCUGUUUCUUCUCCUGAAGCAAAGACUUCAUCUACUGGAGGUGGGAUGUAUGCAUUAAUGAGGGACUUUCUUGACUCACAAGCAGAGCGGGAGCAGCGUUACCUAACAGAGCUACAGAGUUUUAAAGAGUCAAUUCUGCAAGCGGUCCGGCCAGCUGAGGGGUCGAGUGAGUCAGAGAGUCCACGAUUGAGGUUGCCAACGCCAACAGCACAACGACCCCCAUCUUUCCAGAGAGAUCGAGACUCGCCUACUGACCUGAGAUAUGGCAGCCAGCCAAUAAUGCGAACAGAGCCGAAGUUACCAGUCUUCCAGCAAGGGGAGGACAUAGAGAACUUCCUGCGUUUGUUCGAACGACUAGCCAAAACCUGGAGGUGGCCAAAGGAGGAGUGGAGUUUCCAAUUGGUGCCACUGUUGACUGGGCAGGCACUUGAGGUGUACUUAGCCAUGGACGAGGACCAAGCUGAGGUAUAUGAGGACCUGAGGGAGGCGUUGUUAGCAAAGUUCAACAUCUCACCUGAAACCUACCGUCAGCGGUUCCGGGCUAUGUCUACUCCAGCAGGAGAGUCGCCUACUGAAAGUUAUCAUCGGCUGCGAACCCUUUACCGGCGUUGGGUGAAACCUGACAGUCAUUCCAAAGAGGAAAUUGGUGAGACGAUUGUCUUGGAGCAGUUACUCCGGGUCCUACCACAUGAGGUGCGGAUGUGGGUAAAGGAACACGAGCCAACAACAGGACUUGAGGCUGCAAAACUGGCACAGCAAUAUAUUAAUGCUCACCGAGGCAUUCAGCGUUCUCAACCACUUAAAGGUACUGUUAAAAACUUUGUUGGUAAUCGCACUGAACCUAAACAGAACUAUGAACAUGUUCCAGCACAGAACACUGACACUGGGAAGGGGUUGGUGUGCUUUCACUGCCAGCAGCCAGGGCACAAAGCUCUUGUGUGUCCUGUGCGUAAAGCUAAAUUGACUGGAUUUUGUUAUGUUCCAAGGGAAGGGGACAGUGACAAUAUUACAGCUCACAAAGUGCAGUAUGUGAAAGCUUCUGUGAAUGGACAUAAUGUAAAUGCCAUGUUGGACACUGGUAGCUCAAUGUCAUUGAUAAAGCGGAGUCAUGUCACACAUGUGCCUUAUUCAACUAUGGUGAAUGUACAAUGCGUUCACGGGGAUGUAAAAUCGUAUCCACAAAUUGAAGUGAAUGUGGGGGUACAAGACCAAUUGUAUUUACUAAAUGUUGCAGUUGUCGAUGACCUACCUGCUGAUAUGAUUUUGGGAAGAGAUUUACCAGUGUUAAGUGAACUGUUAAACAUGAACUGUGAUACAAAAUUGCCUAUAAAUGUCGCACUGUCAUGUCCGGUGGUAACACGGGCCCAAACAAAAACAGGUCUGCAGCCAUUGCCUGACUUCCAUGAUAGUCUGUUGCAAGGCGGGACCAAAGGCCCCAAAAAAACACACCGUCAAAAGCGGCUGGAAAAAGGGCUUGGUACUCCAGCCCCAUAA